GACUCAUCUGACAGCUGGGUCAGACAGGAGUUCUUCGGUCCCGCGCUGAGAACUGUUGUUGGACUGUGUUCCGCCGCUCAGGACUUCGAACCGAGUCGGGGGACAGAACCGGACCGAACCAGCUCUUUGCAUCGCCCCGGUCCGGUUCGGCCACAAUGGACGAGCAGGCGGGCCCCGGUGUGUUCUUCAACAGCAACAACAACUCGGGUUCGGCCGGCGUUGCUGCGCAGCCCGGAGAGUUCGGGGGGGAGGCGGCCCGGGCUCAGUACAGCAUCCCGGGGAUCUUACACUUCCUCCAGCACGAGUGGGCCCGGUUCGAGGUGGAGCGGGCUCAGUGGGACGUGGAGCGGGCCGAGCUGCAGGCUCAGAUCGCCUUCCUGCAGGGGGAGCGUCGAGGACAGGAGAACCUGAAAAAGGAUCUGGUGAGACGGAUCAAGAUGCUGGAGUACGCUCUGAAACAGGAGAGAGCCAAAUAUCAUAAACUGAAAUAUGGGACAGAACUGAACCAGGGAGAAAUCAAACCUCCAAACUAUGAUUCAGAUGAAGGAAACGACAGUGAAACUCCGAGUCCUCCAAACAGCAGCCAUCAGCUGAGCUGGACACAAGGACGACAGCUGCUGAGACAGUACCUGCAGGAGGUCGGGUACACAGACACCAUUCUGGAUGUGAAGUCUCAGCGGGUCAGGGUUCUGCUCGGUCUGACCGGAGGCUCCAGAGACAAACCGUCAGAGAGAAGAACCGAGCCUUUGGUGAACGGAACCGAGCCGUCCUCACUGAAGGACAGCGGCAUGGUCAGUAAACCCGACAUGUCGGACUCGGCCACCGUGUUGGAGGCGUUCCGGUUCAUCGAGAGCGCCGCCGCGGAGUUCAGUGAUGAAGACGAAGACGAGGACAGUGGGACGAAGGACAGAACCAUCCUGGACCUGGCUGCUAUGGUGAGGAAGAAACCAUCCUCCUCCUCCUCUGACCUCAGCGAUGACCCGGACACCGAGGAGGCCCUGAAGGGCUUCGACUUCCUGGCCGGUCAGGACGAGCUGGAGGGGCCGCCUGAGACGAAGAGCGGCGAGGACAGUGGAGAGUGGGAGAAAGAUGAGCCGUCUCCUCUGGAGAACCUGGGCUGGGACGUGGACCAGGGUCUGAUCACUCAGCUGAAGGAGCAGUACAAGAAGGAGCGGAAAGGAAAGAAGGGCGUGAAAAGACCAAACCGGUCCAAACUCCAGGACAUGUUGGCGAACCUGCGGGACACCGAGGAGCUCCCCCCCAUGCAGACGGCCCCCAUGACGCCUCCCUCACGGUCCAUCGUACCCAGACUCAACGAGCAGGAAGUGGGCCGUCCUGAAGAUGAGCCGAUGACAUUCCUGCCGUCGUCAGGAAAGUCGUUCCUUCUGGGCCGAGUGGAUGAGGCCGUGUCCAAUGAGCUGGGUCUGGGAGAACUGGCCGGACUGACAGUCGCCAACGAGGCAGAAAGUCUGGGCUUUGACAUCACCAACAACACGGAUGCUCUGAGGAAGACCUGGAACCCAAAGUUCACCCUGCGGAGCCACUUCGACUCGGUCCGGAGUCUGGCUUUCCACCCAGUGGAACCGGUUCUGGUCACGGCGUCCGAGGAUCACACCCUGAAACUGUGGAACCUUCAGAAGACGGCGCCGGUCAAGAACAGGUGUGCGGCGUUAGACGUAGAACCCAUCUACACAUUCAGAGCUCACAGCGGUGCUGUUCUCUGCGUCACCAUGAGCUCCAGCGGCGAUCAGUGCUUCAGUGGGGGGGUCGAUGGGACCGUCCAGAGCUGGAACACCCCCAACCCGAAUGUGGACCCGUACGACUCCUACGAGUGCUCUGUCCUGCGGGGGGCGUUCUGUGAACAUACAGACUCAGUCUGGGAUCUGGUCUACAGCUCGGCACACCACCGCCUCCUCUCCUGCUCGGCUGAUGGAACAGUCCGACUUUGGAGCGCUGCCGACGUCGCACCAUCUCUGGCAGUUUUUAACAAGGGUGGAGAUCUGGGCGUCCCUACUUCAUUAGACCUGGUGAGCUGUGAGCCGGCUUACAUGGUGACGUCCUUCAACAGCGGACACAUCGGACUCUUCAACAUGGAGACGCAGCAGCUCCUCCUGAAACUUGACUCUUCUGGACCUCCAGAAACUCCAUGCAAGAUCAACAAAGUGUUGAGUCAUCCUACACUGCCAAUCACCAUCACAGCUCAGGAGGACCGUUGCAUCCAGUUCUUCGAUAACAACACAGGUAAACUGAUCCACUCCAUGGUCGCCCAUUUGGACUCUGUCACAUGUCUUGCUGUGGAUCCAAACGGGCUGUACCUGAUGUCAGGCAGUCACGACUGCUCCAUUCGUCUGUGGAACAUGGAGAGUAAGACCUGCAUCCAGGAGUUCACUGCCCACCGCAAAAAGUUUGAGGAGUCCAUCCAUGAUGUGGCGUUCCACCCCACUAAGUGUUACAUCGGCAGUGCUGGUGCCGACGCUCUCGCCAAGGUCUUUGUAUGACCUGGAGCUAGGAGGAUGAGUGGAGACUGUGGUGGGGGGUUGGAGACAGACGAUGUAACCUCAGAUCAUCUUGAUUUCUCCAUCAGAACCCCUCAGAGCUCCACCCCUCUGGAUUUGGGCUGGCCCAAGUCCCAGAACCAGCAGACUCUAAAGGAAUUAAUGAAACAAGGCACAGCAUUAAAACGGGGACAAACUGGAAUCUGAAGUUUUUCUGUAUAAACGUAUCUCAACCCAAAACCUAAACCCAAACAGACUGACAUUGGCAGCUUCUCUGCGGUUAGGGGCAUCUCAGAGGUUGUCGCUAUCUCAGAGGUUGUCGUCUCAGAGGUCGGUGGCGUCUCUAGGUGGUGUCUCAAAGGUUGGUGGCAUUUCAGAGGUUUUGCCAUCUCAAACGUUUGGUCAUC